CGAUAUGUAGAGUAGUGUAUUUAACAACUGAACAAGUGAUACGCGCGUCCACUUUUGUAUCUCACGGGCGAGCGUACGAACGCGCGAUCCUUUGCCUUUCAUUCAGAAAAAAAAGGUUUCUACGGCUUCGCUUGGCCAGACGGGUGUAAAUAUAUGGUGCAAGUAAAUAUGCGGUGACUGCUCCCGUGCCUACAGUGAUUGAAGUGCGACGAACUCAAAGCUUUUGUGGAGUGCUUGAUUAGCUAUCAUGAUGGUAUCAUUGAAGAUUACGUUCAGUAUUCUGUUGGUCGUAGUAGCAGCGGGCGCUGAGAAAAAGAUCGAACUGCAAGACAUAGAAGAAGAUAACUUAAGAAAUGAAAAGCAAAAGGACUAUGAUAAACCAGACAGUCGAGCCCAAGGUCCGAGCGCUGGCUCAGCUCCUGCCUCGCCACCACUUGAUUUCAUAAAAAACGGUUUUCUUCAUUACUUUGAGGGUCCAGCACAACAGGCACAGCAACCGCGAUACGUCCAACAAUACGAUGUAACCGAACAACCAGAAAGGGCGCCAAAACCUCAAUAUGGACCACCAGCGCAGCAAGCAAUGCUAGGUUACUUGUCAAAUGUGCCGAUGCAAAUAUACUUAGUUCCCCAAUACUAUAACGAGCCUACAGAGCAAGUAGCACAUCAGCAGAAUGAAGUACAGAUAGCGGCACCCGCUGCAGCAAGAGUACCAGUAUAUCAGCAACAAGAAGAACAACAAACUAAUUACAUUGAAGUACCAACGUAUGUAACUCCAACUGGAAAGCCAUACGUACAACCGUACACUUCACCAGUUAUUUACGUAAGUCAAGCUCAACCAACGAUUGCACCAGCGCCACCAACUGCGACACCAGUUUUCACUUACCAAGUACCUGUUGUCCAAUAUUCCACUGCCAUAUCCGCACCACCACCAAAGGGUUAUUACCAAAGUCCACAGUAUACGGAAACAAAUUCUGUCGAUGAAGUACAAGGAAACGAAUUGAAUAUACAGAAACAGUAUUCUAGUCACACUGAAAUUCCAUCAAAACAAGGUCCAGAUUUUCCUCGAUACUACAACUCUCGUGCACCUAUUAGAGAAGAUUACAGACCUCAAUUUGAACUGCCUCACCCAAGCUCUCUUCUCAUAAAGGCACCACCACCACAUCUAUCUCACAUUCCCAAAGCUUUGCCAGAAUAUCGUCCUAUAUCGAAACCAGUCUACGCAUCAGGAGGUUUUGUAUCAAAUGCUUUAACUCCAAGACCAAGUGAAUCAUACGUUACAUUUAAAAGGCGUCCAACAUCUUUAUUAGAUUCAUACAUUCCAUCUAGUGUUCAAAUAGAGUAUAUGAAGCGAGGAUUUACUAAGGAUCCAUUAGCCGCAUACGAAGCGUUGUCGAGUGCUCGAUUCUUAUCACAAACGCCUGUGAUCCCAAGGCAUUACGAACGUGGUUUCUUGCCGAAUCAGCUCUACCAUACCGCUGCAGGUGGUAUCACAUUUGGCCAUCACAAACGAGCGCCAAAAAUAGAAAAGCAUUCACAACAUUAGACGAAAAAGUGCAAAAUAUUUAAAGUAAACUAAGGAUUUACAAAUAAUAUAGUCUGAGUUAAACUUGUAAGUUCAUCUUUAAAAUAAUGUUAUACAAUUUUGUUGAUUUCAUGUAAAUACUCAUUAUUAUAUUUUAAGUUAAAUGUUAUUUAAUUAUAAUUGUUAUUAGUCGUGAGGUCAGUAUUUUAAUCUGCAUUGUUGUCAAUAAAAAUUAAUGUUAAUAUUACGUUAUUGUUAAUUAAAAUAAAACACGUCAUGUGGUAGAGACGCCAUUUA